AUGAUACACUGUCAUGUUACUGCAAAGCCUAAUGGCAAUAGCUUCUUAUGUACAUUCAUCUAUGGUUACUCAGAUAAAAAGGGGAGGGAAUUACUGUGGCAGGAGUUGUGUACUCUUGCUAAUUUUGUCUCCUUAGCUUGGGUAAUCAUGGGUGACUUUAAUGUCCUUAUGGCAAUAGAGGACAGAAUUGGUUCAGCUAUCAGAUUGGCUGAAAUACAACCAAUGAGAUCUUGUACGGCUAGUUGUCAACUCAAUGAAGUCAAGAUUGUGGGGAGUCACUUUACCUGGAAUAAAAAACAAGAUGGUCCAGCUAGAGUGUUCACCAGAAUUGAUAGAGUUCUGGCCAACAGUCAAUGGGAAGAUACGUUCCCAACUACAGAAGUUGCAUACUUACUAGAAGAAGAAUUUGACCACUUUCCAAUGGUCAUGAGCUGCUAUAAAACUGUUCAACAGAAAAAACCUUUCAGAGUAUUGCAGAGGUUAAAGUGGAUCAAAGCUUACUUGAAACUCCUGAAUAAGGCUGGGUUUAGGACAGUUGAAGCUACAGACAUCAAGACCCAUUCUGAAUUACUAAUGGCUCAGAAUGCCCUUCAUGCAAACCCUGGUGAUAUCCAUCUAGCUUAUGUGGAAAAAGAGGCUAAUGAAGCUUAUCAUCUGGCUCAUCAAAACUACCUCUCUUAUCUCCAUCAAUUAGCCAAGCUUAAAUGGCUUGAGUUUGGGGAUUAG